AGAGAUCCUCAGAGACAGAGUAGCGGCGGAGGCAGAAGCCGGAAAAGAAUGGAAGAGCUAAGGAGGCUGGAAGAAGUACAGAGAAUGCUCAACUUCGCCAAAUCUCGUCGCUUGGCUUCCGCUUCUGAUGAAGAUUCCAACCUUUUCAUUUCCAAUUUCAUCCUCUUUCUGAUGCAACCGUAUGGCGAUCUCGACAUGAACACGAAGUUCAGCUUGGUUCGCGAACAACUACAGCUAUUUUCGGACCCUGCUUUCCAGGAAUCGUCACUCUCAGGGAAGUCACAUUCUCCAUUAGAGAUGGAGAGCAGUCCUGCCAAAGGUCCAAUUUCCGCUGUCAAGAAAGUAGAAUCGCCAAAGUUGGUUUUGCUUUCUAGUGAUGGAGAAAGUAGUGAACCACUAAAGAGUUUCCACCAAAUGGGUGUGGUUCAGCUUGAUGCUAUGCAGAGAGCUAACUCUACUCUUGAGGAUUUUUGUAGGUCUUACUUUAUGUUUCAUGGAAUGGAUGUCAACAAGCCAGAGUUACUAUUCAAAUAUUUACCCUUCUGUCUUUCACUGAAAGUUACAUCUAUCAGGUAUCCAACUGAGAAGUCUUUCUUCUUUUAGCUACAGAUGUAAAAACAUGAAAGAAUAGAAGAUUUCUGGGAAGAGCUUUGAUUCUUGGUAUUCACGUCUUUAUUUGCUAUGUUAUUGGAAGCUAAUUUUUUGUUAGUGCAGAUGGAUAGCUUGAACGAAAAGAUAGUUAAUUUGGCAAGCAGCAAAGUUGCAUGUCUAGGAAGAGGAUUUGAGGAUGGUACCCAAGGCUUCGAGAUGAAGUUUAUGGGUAUUCUUAAAACUGAACCGUUCCAGCCACUUGUGCUUCAAUUAGAACAUCAUGGCCUUCUUACAGAGAGGAUCCGAGAAGAAUUGAGGUGUGGGAGAAGAGUAUUGGUCACUUGAAAGAGACCUUUGUUCGGCACUAGCAAAUCAGAACGAGAUCUGUGUUGAAGAUGUAAUGAGGGCAAUUCAUCUGAAAUCAUUUGACUAUCGCAUACUAAAUCUUCUCCUUUAUCAGCUGCAAGGAGAACAGGUGAAUGACUUGCAUAUGGAUUUCCUAUCAAUAUCAGAGUUUUUGGUUGAAAUAGCAGAUGAUCUUGAACUCGGUUCCACUAAUCGCCAACUCAAAAUGCAACAUCCAUAGGUUUGAUUACGAGGAUGAUGUACAAGAGAAUAGCUUCAAUAUCUUGCGGAUGUUUGUCAGAAUAUAUGGACCUUCAAGAGCCCCAGCAAUGCUGGCAAAGUGCAUCGGUGAUGCCGAAGAGAAGUAUGAACGUUUGCUGAAGACUCUGGAGCCUCACUUAUCAAAAAGUUACCAGAGAGAUGCGAAGAGGCAACAAGAGAAGGCGGGAAGCUAAUCGGAAACCCUCUGGGAUCAUGGACCAUACCGCGUGUAAUUGCAGACGAAGAAUCAUUUAGAGCCAUGUGUUCAAAACCCUUAAUGCCGAACUUCAACUCAAUUGCUGAUAACUCAGAUUAAUUUAUAGGACAUCAGCAACAUACUUAUUUCGUAGCAAGGAACUUAAAAGAGGGUGCAGCCCAUUGGUGGCAGGAUUUCAUGUCUCAGUGUUAUCACUUACCACCACGAAAAAACCUCUGCAAUCAGUCGAUCAAAGUCUGUAGAAAAGCUCAGAGAGCUAGGGUUUGAUAAGAAGAAGAAGUGUAAUGGCGGUAUAGAAUUGGAACCCGCAAGGAGCUCAGCUCCAUCUCAUCUUUGUAUUUAUACUGAGUUCAAAAGAGUAAAGUUGCAGUACAGUAAAAACUGAAAUGACUGUUAAAAACAGAAAUAUAAAUGCGGUAAAUAAAAAUGCGCCAUGUGUCUUCGAUUGAUUGGCCUCUCUCUUUUCCACCUAACGGUAAGUAAGCCUCCACGACGUCGCUUCGGUCUUCGCCUAACGCUAGAUGGAAGGGGAGGCCGAAACGAAACGUUCCUGCCUCUUGAUCUCUGUAA